AUGGCCGACGUUGAGACCGGCGACAAGAAAGCGGUUGCAGCCGCCGGCGCCCACGAUGGCUUAGGAGGUCAUGACACUGACACGGAGAUCGGCAUUGAUGAUGAUGUUGCCAUUUUCCCCAAAGGCCAGGUCGACCCCAUCUACGAGGCCAAGGCGAGGAUCAAGGAUAUCGGAAUGGGUUGGUACCAGUGGCAGCUCUUCAUCGUCGUGGGGUUUGGCUGGGCGAGCGAUAAUCUGUGGCCUAUCGUGACAUCUUUGAUUUUCACGCCUGUCAAGAACGAAUUCAAACCGUCCAAAGGGCCCUUUCUCACUCUCGCCCAGAACAUUGGCCUGCUCGCUGGUGCUGUGUUCUGGGGGUUUGGUUGUGAUAUCUUUGGCCGAAAAUGGGCCUUCAACUCCACGCUUGGCCUCGCCGGACUGUGGGGUAUGGUCGCAGCAGGGGCUCCUAACUUUGCUAGUAUUGGUGUCUUUGCCGCCCUAUAUUCCUUUGGCGUUGGAGGCAAUCUACCUGUGGACUCCGCUAUCUUUCUGGAGUUUCUCCCUGCAUCGCAUCAGUACUUACUCACCAUCCUCUCUAUUGACUGGGCUAUUGCCCAGGUUAUCGCCACCCUUGUUGCCUGGCCUCUUCUGGGAAACUUGACAUGCCAGCAAAACACAACUUGUACCCGAUCCGAGAAUAUGGGCUGGAGGUAUUUCGUCAUUACGAUGGGCGGUUUGACUCUCAUAAUGUUUUUUAUUCGCUUCGUGUUGUUCACCAUCUAUGAAUCUCCUAAGUAUCUUAUGGGCAAAGGGAGGGAUGAGGAUGCCGUGCGGGUCGUUCAUGAAGUCGCUCGUAGGAACGGCAAGUCAUCUAGCCUCACGAUUGAUGAUCUCAAGGCCUGUGAGCCCGGUGGUUAUGUCCAGCGUACGGAUGCGAGAGAGGCUAUCAGGCGUCACCUUGAGCAGGUCAACCUUAGCCGUGUCCGCGUUUUGUUCUCGAGCCGACGACUUGCCUGGUCUACAGGACUCAUCAUGAUUAUCUGGGCAUUCAUUGGCCUCGGUUACCCUUUGUACAAUGCGUUCCUUCCAUACAUCCAGGCUACCAGAGGAGCAGAUUUUGGUGACGGCUCUACGUAUCUCACCUACCGCAAUUCUCUGAUCAUCGCCGUGCUGGGUGUGCCUGGGGCACUGCUUGGCGGAUUCCUAGUCGAGCUACCACGAUUCGGCAGAAAAGGAACGCUUGCUCUAUCGACCGUCCUGACCGCCCAUUAUCGCAAUGUUUGCUAA